ACUACAAUGGCGUGACUACAGUAGCUGUACUUAUGUUUGUCACAUUCAUGAUAGAACAUUCGGAGCAAGGGUCAACUCGGUAACCCCUUGACUUCUCAGGAGUGGGCUUAGCUCUUUAAUGUUUAUAGCCUAUUAUAAUCUUAGUUUCGUAAUUAGAUGUGUUACGAAACCUGAACUACAGCAGAAACUUAAUAAAAUAAAAAUGUUUACUUCGAAACGCGAAAUUCUUGGAAAAAACCUGGCUAUUUCCGGGAAACCGAAAAACAUCGCGUGACGUUUUGCUUCAGUGGAGACACUUAGGCGCCACCUAAUACGGUAUAUAAAACAUUUGGAAACAUGGACGUUCGAGAGCUGUUCAGAAAUUUGAAGAAGGAAGCUGAGUGCCCGCUGUGUUUAGAAACAGUCAAGGAUCCCAAGACCCUGCCAUGCUUACACUCAUUCUGUCUGGUGUGUCUCGACAAACACGCACUCUAUGCACGACAGCAGCUACAAACAACAAUCAAAUGUCCGGUUUGCUUGACUUGCUUCCAAAUGCCUGAAGGAGACACGUUUGGUGGCCUUCCCACGUCUUUCCAUCUCAAUCGAUUGGUGGACGUUUUAGCUCUGGGAGAUGAUAAUCUACUAUCCCAGACCUGCAGCAGUUGUGAAGAGAACAACACCGCGACCUGUUACUGUUUUGAUUGCAGCGACUUCUUUUGCGAUGUCUGUGCCAAGUUUCACAGUAAAAUGAAAAUCUCUCGCCAUCAUCGCAGUGUUUUGAUUCAGAAUUUGAAAACUCAGGAUGUCGAAGAGUUGAUGCACAGGCCUGUCAUGUGUGGCGAGAAAUAUCACGAGAAAGAAACACUUGAAUAUUAUUGUCAAGAAUGCAAAGUUUGCAUUUGUCACAAGUGCGUAAUUUUAAAUCACAAUCGACACGCCAUGGUUGAUAUACGGGAAGCCGCCGAGGAACAGAAGAUGCAAAUUACGGAGGUCGUUGAACAAGCGAAAAUAAAAAUCGCUCACUUUGAGAUGCAGGUAGCACGAGAGACAGAACUGUUUAACAAGAGCAGAGAAGACACUCAAGCUGCUCGGGACAAAGUACGAACGACUAUUGAUGAACUUAUUCGAAUUUUUAAGGAACAUGAGAUGACAAUGGCGGCCAAGUUAGAUGAGGCUGACGAAGAGCGACAACGAUGUCAUACAGAACAACAAGAACGAGUUCAGUCGUUAGCGACGCAGUUAAAGAGCUCUGUAGAGUACUGUGAAGCUGUUUUGCAAAGAAAUUUAAGUUUUGAAAUUCUGCAAACACAACAGACUUUAAUUCAGCGAUGUGAAAUUCUCUUAAAUAAAGAAGAAGUGAACGUCAAGAAACCGAUGUAUGUUAAUUACGUGACAAAUGAAAAGGAUGUCAAAGAUUUGCGACAAGCAGUUCCGGGUCGAGUUGUUGUGAGUUGGACAGACUCUUCUAAAUCCGUGGCGGAAGGAAAAGGCUUAGAAGAAGCAGAAGUUGGAAGAGAAGCGAACUUUACAAUCACAACAAAAGAUUCCAAAGGAAAACAGUGUUAUAACGAAAGCGAUCAACUGGCAAUCACAAUCAAGACUGGGGAGGAGCGUAUGGAGAACGCGAUUCAAGACAAGAAAAAUGGUGAAUAUACCGUCACGUACGCUCCUCAUCAUUGUGCAGAUGAACACACUGUGAUAAUCACACUGAACGGGCAACGGCUAACUGGCAGUCCAUGGUGUGUUCAGGUCUACCCAUAUCAAUACAAAACAGCAAUUCAUUAUGGGUCUUUUGGGCAUGGUGUUCAAGGUAUCGCUUUUAGCGAAGUCAGUAAGACUAUUGCAGUAGCAGACAGUACUAAUUGUAGAGUUCAACUAUUUGAUACAAACGCGACUUUCUUGUACGAGUUUCAAUUUAAUCAACAUGAGAAUAGACCCACAUCCGUGGCGUUUACCAGUACUGGCGAUGUCGUAGUUGUUCACGGUUGUAGAAUUUCUCUGUUUACUGAAAGACUGCGUUUUAUUGAAUGCAUCGCCCAUGCACAUGCGGGGAACCCUCAGAACCUGUCUGUUGCAUGUGACGGUCGCAUGAUUGUGACCUAUUUAUACAACAAAGCAGUUACGGUGCUCUCCCCUGACGGGACAGAGUUGCUGCUUACCUUCACUGCUCCAGACUGCCAUGUAUCCCCAUGUUCAGCCGUUUAUCAUAGGAACAUGUUCUUUGUGUCGUACCAAAAGGCUCAUUGCAUCAAAGUGUUCAAUGAAGAAGGAGUGUUUCUAUACGAUAUUGGCACCAAGGGGUCUGGUGACGGACAGCUGCAUUGCCCCUCACGACUAGCUAUUGACAAAUUCAACAACCUCAUUGUAUGUGACAAAAAUAACAGCAGGCUGCAAUUUUUCACACUAGGAGGAAAAUUUGUUAAUUCGACACUUACUAGACAAUUUAAUCGACCUUGCGCAAUUGCUACUUCUAAUAGUGGUUAUGUGAUUGUUACUUAUGAUGUCAAAAAUGCUCAUGUUAAGGUCUUUCAUUGAAGAUUAUUGUUGUAAUAGUAGCAUAACCGUUUUUAAAGACUUUUCCAAACAUCCCUGGAACAAACUUUUAAAUCACAGGCAAUAUAGAUGAUUGCCAGUUUGAGGAGUAGAAAAGUACGGUCUAUUCAAACUGAGUUACAUCCAUUAAGUGUAGAAAAUAGAGAAGUUUGAGUGGGUCCGUAUUUCACCUUCUGAAAUGAAAAAAAAUUUUGGGGAAGUUAAAAUAACACGAUCACUCACGAAUUUUAUUUUUGUUAAGCUACUAACUAAUGUAUCUUAGUAGUUUAUUAUAUUUGUAAGGUAAACAUAAUUUAUCGAUCACAGAAAAAUUAAGUGAAAAACUCUUAAAGAAUUGUUUGUCAUCCUCAGAACUAAAGCAUGUGAUACAACCACUUAAUCAAUCAAUCAAUCAAUCAAUCAAUUAAUCAAUCAAUCAGCCAAUUAAUCAAUCAGUUAGGGCAGGCCAUAUCGAAUUGCUACCGGAAGUGUAACGCUUGCAUUCUGUUUACUUUACAUUUUAUUUUUAGCAUGAGAGUACACAGACUAGUAUGAGAGUAUAGUCUAAACUUUCAAGCAAUACGCGAAUUACUGGAAUUUAUUCUCACACAGUCGCGACAACCGGAAAACGUUCUUUCAAAUGAAUAAUCUCUUGUUCAA